CGGUGGCUCUCACAUGGAAAAAUACCAUACGUACAUUCAUAAUUUAAAUAAUUUCCAAACGAUUCUUCCUCCUCCCAUCUCUAGGAAGCCAUGGAAGCUCUGUGGAAUUUAGAAGACAAAUGGAAGCUCUCAACGCAACAAGCCUUCAUUCUCUUAACGUGCACGGCGGUCGCCGUCCUAGGGUUUUGCGCGGCGACGUGGGCGAAACAGAGGAAGUGCGAGAAGACAGAGCGCCGACAGACGAAGGCGACGGAGAGGUGGUGGUGGAAGGGGGCAGCGGAUAGGCGGAAGGUGAGCGGCGGCGGAGAGACGCCGGUGCGGCUGUUGGGCGGCGAAGGGGAAGAUUUCGGAAGCCGGAAUUCGACGGCGGCGGUGUGGCAACGGCCGAUUUUAAUGGGGGAAAAGUGUGAGAUGCUGAAAUACAGUGGGCUUAUUCUGUACGACGAAAGGGGAAGAUUGCUGCAGGAUCAAAUUGCCGCCAUGGAAAACGGUUACAAGGUGCUGCUUCGACGGGGACGGCGUAAUAGUAAAGACAAGGUUGAAGGAUCUACUCUAAUGCCCUUCCUUUUUUUAUGGGAAUCUUCAAAAAGCGGUGUAAAGAUUAUACAAAGGGGUGAGCUUUUCGAAUGUAAUAUCCCUUUCUUUCUUUUGGAAUCCUUUUUUUUUACACAUUGUCCACUCUUUGUUCGUGCUUCUCGACAUUUUUACGUUGCAUAAAAGAAUUCAAAUAGAUAGUCUAUUAGAAACAUCACCUCGAUGGGAGCUAAAAGAAUACGGUUCUCGAACUUAUAAUAACAACUUGAAA